AUUCAGAGAAAUAUGCAUUUCCAUAAUAUUACCUUUGAACUAAUGAAGUGGAAAUACAGAUGAAAACAGUCUGGAGGAAGCUUGAAGUACAAUACUGUUUCAUUCAGUUUCCUAAUUCUGAGGUAAGGAAACGAAGUUGGAAAAGUUACAAAAGCAUUCUGGUAGUCAAGCAUCAAAUCUUGUAUUAGACUUCACUGAACAGACUAAACGUUUGUCAAGGAGAAGGGCCAGUUGCCUUGCACAGGAAGGAUUAAAAGUGAACAAUGACACGAUUGCGAGUUUAUGAGCGAUUGCUUGGAGCCUACCUGCUUGUCAUUCUCCAUGUUCAAGGGAAAAAUCCAGACAGCAUGCUUCAUGGCACAGGAAUGAAGACAAAUCCUGACCAAAAGAAACAAACAAAUGGAGUAACAUUGGCUCCAGAAGACACCUUACCUUUUCUUAAGUGCUACUGCUCAGGACAUUGUCCAGAUGAUGCUAUUAAUAACACAUGCAUAACUAAUGGGCAUUGCUUUGCUAUCAUUGAGGAAGAUGAACAUGGAGAACCCACACUUGCUUCUGGCUGCAUGAAGUAUGAAGGUUCAGACUUCCAGUGCAAGGACUCGCCUAAAGCGCAGUUACGCCGAACAAUUGAGUGCUGUCGGACUGAUUUCUGCAAUCAGGAUUUACAACCAACGUUACCACCACUUGAUAGUACAGAUGGACUUUUUGAUGGCAGCAUUCGUUGGAUGGCAGUCUUGAUUUCCAUGGCAGUCUGCAUAAUUGUCAUGAUCAUCUUAUUUAGCUGCUUUUGUUACAAGCAUUACUGUAAGUCAAUGGCAAAGAGGCACUGUUAUAAUCGUGACCUAGAGCAAGAUGAAGCAUUUAUUCCAGCUGGGGAGUCAUUAAAAGACCUUAUUGACCAGUCACAGAGUUCUGGGAGUGGAUCAGGACUACCGUUGUUGGUUCAGCGCACUAUUGCCAAACAAAUUCAGAUGGUGAGGCAAGUUGGAAAAGGACGAUAUGGUGAAGUGUGGAUGGGCAAAUGGAGGGGUGAAAAAGUUGCAGUUAAAGUGUUUUUCACCACAGAAGAAGCCAGUUGGUUCAGAGAAACAGAGAUUUAUCAAACUGUGUUAAUGCGCCAUGAAAACAUCCUGGGUUUCAUAGCUGCAGAUAUUAAAGGUACUGGCUCCUGGACGCAGCUUUACUUAAUUACAGAUUAUCAUGAAAACGGAUCUUUGUAUGAUUUUCUGAAAUGCACGACACUAGACAACAGGGCUCUUCUCAAACUGGCGUAUUCUGCUGCUUGUGGUCUGUGCCAUCUGCAUACAGAGAUUUAUGGGACACAAGGCAAGCCUGCUAUUGCACACAGGGACCUGAAGAGUAAAAACAUCUUGAUAAAGAAAAAUGGAACUUGCUGCAUCGCUGACUUGGGUCUCGCAGUCAAGUUUAACAGUGACACAAACGAAGUUGAUGUUCCCUUGAAUACAAGAGUGGGAACAAAACGUUACAUGGCUCCAGAGGUCCUAGAUGAAAGCUUGAAUAAAAAUCAUUUCCAACCAUACAUCAUGGCUGAUAUCUACAGUUUUGGGCUGAUCAUUUGGGAAAUGGCUCGGCGCUGUGUCACAGGAGGUAUUGUUGAAGAGUAUCAGUUGCCAUAUUAUGACAUGGUGCCAAGUGAUCCGUCCUAUGAGGACAUGAGAGAAGUGGUGUGUGUCAAACGCCUUCGCCCGGUUGUAUCAAACAGGUGGAAUAGUGAUGAAUGUUUAAGAGCAAUAUUGAAGUUGAUGUCUGAAUGCUGGGCUCACAAUCCUGCUUCAAGGCUCACUGCCUUGAGGAUCAAGAAGACUCUUGCCAAGAUGGUGGAAUCACAAGAUGUAAAGAUUUGACAUAGUAACAUGAAAUUGGAGAGCAAAGCUGGACUCCUAGAUCUUUUCACUCAAACAUGGGUGAGACCUAUGUGGAAAGAGGAAAUAACUGAGAUUCAGUGUAUUUUCUCAGCACACUUCUACAGGCUGCUAAUCAAAUCUUUCAGUACUUCAUAGACUGUGAUACUGAGAGCUUAUACACACUACAUGCUUUGAAUAUGGACAGCCUUGAUAAAGUACACAUUUUGUUUUUGUUUGAGCUGCAUUGAGACUUCAGUCAUAUUUAGUGAGUCUC